UGGGAUGAACGCCAGCUUCCUCUUGCUGUUCCUCCGCUGGCUGGUCAGCAAACGCCUUCUUCUUCUUCCUGUUCUCCCCUUAGUCUUCUAAACUGCCUCCCACGUUACGGCAGAUAAAUUCUAGAAUAAAAAAAAGAGAGAACGCUAAAGUUGCCACUCUCACUUCCUCACACUCUUUGGCCCAGAACACCUUUAAAUAUAGUACUUGCAGAGGGGCACCUUCGGAGAGAGACGAAGCCGGUGCCCCAGGGACUCUGCCCUGCCAACCGUUGCUGUUAGCUCAUCAUGCUUUCUCAUGGCCUCCGCUGGUUGCAGAAAAUGCCAGGAUGAGACCUCGCUUCUGCCUGGUUGGUACAUUGAUGAUGGCAUUGUUCCUUUCCUGCCUGAGACCUGAAAGCUUGGACCCCUGCGUGGAGGUGGAUCCUAACAUUACCUACCAAUGCAUGGAUCGGAAUCUCAACGAAAUUCCUGUCAACAUCCCUUCUUCAGUCAAGAAUUUAGAUCUGAGCUUCAACACCCUGAAGACCUUAGGAAGUCAUAGCUUCUCUAAUUUUCCAGAACUUCAGUUUCUGGAUUUAUCCAGGUGUGAAAUUGAGACAAUUGAAGAUGAGGCAUAUGAAGGCUUACACCAGCUCUCAACCCUGAUACUGACAGGAAACCCUAUCCAGAGUUUAUCCCAGGGAAGUUUUUUUGGACUAGCAAGUUUACAGAAUCUCGUGGCUGUGGAGAUAAGUCUGGAUUCUCUAGAUAGUUUACCUAUUGGACACCUUAAAACCUUAAAGAAACUCAAUGUGGCUCACAAUCUUAUACAUUCCUCCAAGUUACCUGAGUAUUUUUCCAAUCUGACAAACCUAGAACACUUGGACCUUUCUAAUAACUAUAUUGAAACUAUUUACCACCAAGACUUUCAGGCUUUACGUGAAAAUCCCCAAUUUAAUCUCUCUUUAGAGCUGUCCUUGAACCCAAUUGACUUUAUUCAACCUCAAGCCUUUCAAGGAAUUAGGCUCUAUGAACUGACUCUAAGAAGCAAUUUUAAUAGCACAAAUGUAAUGAAAACUUGUAUUCAAAACCUGGAUGGUUUGCAAGUUCAUCGGUUGAUCUUGGGAGAAUUUAAAAAUGAAAGGAAUGUAGAAAGUUUUGACCAUUCUGUCAUGGAAGGAUUGUGCAAUGUGAUCAUUGAUGAGUUCCGAUUAACAUUUGUAGAAAACUUUUCUGGUGAUAUUACUGAUUUCAAUUGCUUGGCAAAUGUUUCUGCAAUGUCUCUGGUAAGUGUGUAUUUAAACAACUUAGAACACAUUCCUAAAUAUUUCAAAUGGGAAACCUUAAUAGUCACUAGAUGUAACCUUGUGAAAUUUCCAUCUCUGGACCUCCCCUUUAUUAAACAUUUGAGCUUUACAGCCAACAAAGAGACUCCCAGUUUUGCAGAUGUAAAUCUGCCAAACCUCACAUUUCUAGAUCUCCAUAAAAAUGAUCUCAGUUUUAAGGGUUGCUGUACUUCCUCUCAUUUUGGAACAAGCAUGCUGAAACACUUAGACUUCAGCUUCAAUGGUGUCAUCAUUAUAAGUAAAAACUUCAUGGGUUUAGAACAGCUGGAAUACCUGGAUUUCCAACAUUCCACUUUAAAAAAGACCACAGAAUACUCAGUGUUCUUAUCCCUUGAAAACCUGCGUUACCUUGACAUCUCUUAUACUAACACCAAAAUUGACUUCAAUGGCAUCUUUUAUGGUUUGACUAGUCUUAACAUCUUAAAAAUGGCUGGCAAUUCUUUCAAAGACAAUACCCUUUCAAAUGUCUUUACAAAUAUGACAAACUUGACAUUCCUGGAUGUUUCUAAAUGCCAAUUACAGCAGGUAUCUUGGGGGGUAUUUGACACACUCCAUGGACUUCUGUUACUAAAUAUGAGUCAUAACAACCUACUGCUUUUGGAUCCGUUCCAUUAUAAACAGCUGCACUCCCUCAAGACACUUGAUUGCAGUUUCAAUCACAUAGAGACUUCCAAAGGAAUGCUGCAACAUUUUCCAAAGAGUCUGGCCUUCUUAAACCUUACUAAUAAUUCUUUUGCUUGUACAUGUGAACAUCAGAACUUCCUUCAGUGGAUCAAGGACCAGAGCCCAUUCUUAGUGAACGCUGAACAAAUGACUUGUGCAACACCUGCAGAGAUGAAGGGCUCCCUGGUGCUGGAUUUCAGGAAUGCCACCUGCCAUAUGCAUAAGACUAUCAUAACUGUGUCAGUAAUCAGCGUACUUGUCGUAUCCACUAUAGCAUUUUUGGUCUACAAAUUCUAUUUUCACCUGAUGCUUCUUGCUGGUUGUAAAAAGCACAGCAGUGCUGAAAGCAUCUACGAUGCCUUUGUCAUCUACUCCAGCCAUGAUGAAGACUGGGUCAGAAAUGAGCUGGUAAAGAACUUAGAAGAAGGGGUGCCCCCCUUUCAGCUCUGCCUCCAUUACAGAGACUUUAUUCCUGGUGUAGCCAUUGCUGCCAACAUCAUCCAAGAAGGCUUCCACAAGAGCAGGAAGGUUAUUGUGGUGGUGUCUAGACACUUUAUCCAGAGCCGCUGGUGUAUCUUUGAAUAUGAGAUUGCUCAGACAUGGCAGUUUCUAAGCAGUCACUCUGGCAUUAUCUUCAUUGUCCUGGAGAAGGUGGAGAAGUCUCUGCUGAAGCAGCAGGUGGAGCUCUAUCGUCUGCUCAGCAGAAACACCUAUUUAGAGUGGGAGGACAAUGCUCUGGGGAGGCACAUCUUCUGGAGAAGGCUCAAAAAAGCUCUACUAGAUGGAAGAGCCUGGAAUCCAGAGGGAACCGCAGAGGCAGAAGACAAUCAAGAAGCAACAACUUCCACCUGAGGAGGAUAAAACUGUGUUCAACACUAUUUCUGGCUGCUAGUAUUAGAUGUUACAGCUUACCAGAAGUUCUGGUGUAGAGAAGGAUUCCAUGGUGCACAUGGUACCAAAAAGCUGGUAACCUAAUGGACCUUACAGAGCAGAAAGAGGUUAAUGCUAUGAUGACAGUCUGUACAUUCCAGGUGUCUUCUUUAACCAACUCAUGCAAAGACUCAUAAUCAAGAAGGUUUACUCCUACCAUUUCAGACUGAGAAGAGGCAAUGCUCAAUGAAGCAGAAAGGAGCAUUUGUCUUCCCAUGGAUUUUUGAAAAUAAAGUAUAUUAUAAACCGUGUUUCAACUUCCUUAAACAAGUUUUGGUAGUUUCAACUGAAUUGAAUAUUUGCUAACUUUUCUUUUUUUCCCCUACUGAAUGCAAUUUAAAUUCCACUGGUUCUCUUUGAGAGCCUCUGAUUCAAAGUUCAUCUUCCAUUUUAUAUCACUUUCCUUUGUACUUAAUUCUUCAGGAAACCAGAUUAAUACAUGCUCACAGACAUCCUAGCCAUUACUUAGUAUGCUGUAUUUAUUAAAUAAAAAUUCAUAAUACACUUUUAUUUUUAUAAA